AACCAUACACACACUCACCUUCCUCCCCAAAGCAAAUUAAUCUCUCCAUCUUUCUUGAUUUGGGCACCCACAAUUCGACACCCAGAAGCUAAAUUCAAGAAUUAGUAUGUCUACUAGCAUCUUUGAAACCCCAUUACCAAGAAGUGAUCUUUUUUUAUGUAGCAACAGUUUAGUUUCUCAAAGUUUUAAACUUUUUGAUAAUUCCAGGAGUUUUGGGUUGAAAAGCCUAAGACCCAGAUGUCAGAAAGAUAGAAUUUUGUAUCCAAAGCCCUUGAAUUUUGGGUUUUGUAGGGUGAGUAGGAGAAAGAGGAAGCCUACUUUUGUGUUGAAUUCUGUGCUGAGUGUUGAUAAAGAGUUGGAGAGUGAUGAAAGUGUGGGAUUGGGUAGGAGUAGAGAGUAUGAUGCUAUUGUGAUUGGGUCUGGGAUUGGUGGUUUGGUUGCAGCAACACAGUUGGCUGUGAAGGGUGCUAAGGUUCUAGUGCUUGAAAAGUAUUUGAUUCCUGGUGGGAGCUCUGGAUAUUACGAAAGAGAUGGUUUUACAUUCGAUGUUGGAUCAUCUGUGAUGUUUGGCUUCAGUGAUAAGGGGAAUCUUAACUUGAUAACUCAAGCAUUGGCGGCAGUUGGCUGUAAGAUGGAGGUGAUACCUGACCCCAGUACUGUCCAUUUUCAUCUACCUAGUAAUCUUUCUGUCCUAGUACAUAGAGAAUAUAAUGAGUUCUUCUCCGAACUGACAAGCAAAUUUCCACAUGAAAAGGAAGGAAUAUUUAAAUUUUAUGGUGAAUGCUGGAAGAUUUUUAAUGCCUUGAACUCAUUGGAACUGAAGUCACUCGAGGAACCAAUCUACCUGUUUGGGCAGUUCUUUAAAAAGCCUAUGGAAUGCCUAACACUGGCAUACUAUUUGCCUCAAAAUGCUGGAGACAUAGCUCGGAAGUUCAUAAAAGAUCCGGAGGUUCUGUCCUUUAUAGAUGCUGAGUGCUUUAUUGUGAGUACCGUUAAUGCGUUGAAGACACCAAUGAUCAACGCAAGCAUGGUUCUGUGUGACAGACACUAUGGGGGAAUUAACUAUCCUGUUGGUGGGGUUGGUGGGAUCGCAAAAUCAUUAGCAAAAGGAUUAGUCGACCAGGGAAGCGAAAUACAAUACAAAGCAAAUGUUAAGAGCAUUAUAGUUGAAAAUGGAAAAGCCGUAGGAGUUCGGCUGGCGAAUGGAAAUGAGAUAUUUGCUAAGAACAUAAUUUCAAAUGCUACCAGAUGGGAUACUUUUGGGAAGCUUCUAAAACAGGAUGAAUUACCUAAAGAAGAAGAAAAUUUUCAGAAACUUUACAUAAAGGCCCCGUCAUUUCUUUCUAUUCACUUGGGAGUUAAAUCUGAUGUUUUGCCUCCAGAUACGGAUUGCCACCAUUUUGUGCUCGAGGAUGAUUGGUCAAAUUUAGAGGUUCCAUAUGGUAGUAUAUUCCUGAGCAUUCCGACUGUCCUUGAUUCAUCAUUAGCUCCAGAAGGGAAUCAUAUUCUUCACAUAUUUACAACUUCUUCCAUAGAGGACUGGCAGGGGAUGUCUCAAAAAGAUUAUGAGAAGAAGAAGGAGCUUGUAGCUGACGAGAUUAUAAGCCGACUGGAAAAGAAACUAUUUCCUGGUCUCCAGUCUUCCAUUGUUUUAAAGGAGGUCGGGACACCUAAGACACACAGGCGCUACCUUGCUCGUGAUAGUGGUACCUAUGGACCUAUGCCACAGGGUACCCCAAAGGGUUUACUAGGAAUGCCAUUUAAUACAACUGCAAUUGACGGUUUGUACUGUGUGGGGGAUAGUUGCUUUCCAGGACAAGGUGUUAUAGCCGUUGCAUUCUCAGGAGUGAUGUGUGCUCAUCGAGUUGCUGCUGAUUUAGGGCUUGAGCAGAAAUCUCCCAUUUUGGAUGCUGCUCUCCUUCGUCUACUGGGUUGGUUCAGGACACUAGCAUAAAGAGUUCAAUCAUAAAAUGUGACUUACAUGAAGGGCAGAAGGUUGCUUCUGAUACGAGGUCAUGUUCAAUUUGAUAUUUAGUCUCUCUUCGAAAAAUUCAAUUGAGGUAUCAAGGAACUAGGGGAAGUUUUAUUCUUACCUAUGUUGAAUAGUACGUGGCUUUUUUCCAAUAUAUGUUUUGUUUUGGUGGUUCCCAAGUGUGUGAACCACAAAACAUUUUUUUCCUCAUAUAUAACAAAGUCAACUUGUGAUGUUAAAAUCUUGUGUCAUAUAUGCAUUCCGUCUACUGAUAUAUAUUUUUUAAAUUCAUGGAU